UGAUAGUUGUGCCGGGCCGCUCGGAGUAUUGUCACUGCGGGACGCCUUGAGCAUCCCAUGGCUCUCCGGGUAUUUGUGAAGCUCAGUCAACAUUAACUUGAAUCCACCUCAACAUGUCUGAAUGGCUAACGAAAACGUUGACCUUGAACACAGGGGCCAAGAUUCCCAUUGUGGGUCUUGGGGUAUUUACUAGCAGAGAUCCUAUUGAACAAGCUAAAGCGACUCCUUGGGUCCUUACUGCCUUGCAAGCCGGUUACAGACACAUUGACACAGCAUGGAUAUACGGAACAGAGAAACCUGUUGGAGAUGCAAUCAAGGCUUCUGGGAUUCCCCGUGAAGAGCUCUUCAUUACCACGAAGCUUCCUUGGAACCACACCAAACGCGUGCAAUGGUCUAUCGAUCAGAGCUUGAAGAACGCGGGGCUAGACUAUUUUGACCUUUACCUGGUACAUUGGCCUCACAGCGUGGCGUAUGACGAGAACGAACCUAGGCCGCGAAACCCCGAUGGUCAGAUUAAACUGGAUGAAACAGGCAACUUCAACGAUACCUGGGCCGAAAUGGAGAAGGUCCUCGCCAGUGGGAAGGUUAAAGCAAUCGGACUCAGCAAUUUCUCCAUCAAGACGAUGGAAGAAUUAUUCAAGACUGCUAAAGUAAUGCCGGCUAUGCUUCAAGUCGAGAUGCACCCAUAUCUGGCACAGAAUGAGCUGUUGGCUUAUUGCAAAGAGAAGGGUAUUACUGUAACAGCAUAUGCUCCGACAGGUUAUGCAAUUGUACGUAAAGAUCCGACGGUGGGUGAGAUAGCCACCCACUAUGGAGCCACCCCUACGCAAGUUAUCCUUUCGUGGCACGUGGGUAGAGGCGUCGUAGUUAUUCCGAAGAGCGCGGAUGCUGGACGACAGAAGGAGAAUUGCCAGAUCUUGAACCUGUCAGAAGUAGAUGUGCAGAUCAUCAACGGGCUCGAAAGAAAUCAGCGCGUUUGCAACAAGCCUGACGAGUUCGGGAACGUAUCAGGGUGGUCCAUGGAAAGGCUGGGUUGGAUGUGAUGAAUUCAGACAACAGCAAAUUUGCAGUUACUUAUACA